AGUGCAAUGUAGACCACAUGCUAUGAGAAGGAAUGCAUGCGUGUUUGUAGGCGAGCAAAGGAAAAGAAGAGAGAAGGGGACAGGAGGUGGAGGAAGGACGCAAAGAGGGAGGGAUUUCAAGUAGCUGCAGCGUGGCUUGCUGCAUGUCUGAAUGAAAGAACCUCUCUCUCUCUCUCUCCUGCUGUCUGGAUGCAUAUGGCGUCCGUUGGCUGCAGCUAGCGAGCACAUGUCCCGAGAAAACAAACCAGGACCAGUCUUUUUAUUUUUAAAGAUGGAAGACAACAUUUGUCUGAAGUAAUAUUUCCUUUUUUUGCAAUGGUUUGAACCUAUUUUGAAAAAAGGUUGGAUACCAUGUGGCUGCUUAUGUAAGGAUUGCAAGUGUUUUGUUUUUCAUUAUUUGUCAUUUUGUGGCAUGGGAAACUCUUGUCAAGAUUGAAGAUCAAGGGCUGAACUUGAAAAAAAAAUUGGGACCAACAUCUAUACAUAAACUUAUUGGGCAGAUGCACAGCAGAUAUUCAUAAGAAAGCUUUUUUUUAAUCAUUAGAACAAUUUAUCAUGUAGAGACUCCUGGGUGUACCAUUGAUGCACACAAUCAACUGUCAAUGUAUUUCACUGUAACGUUAGUGAAACAUUUAUAUUCUCACAUGAAUCCAACUCACGUUACAGUUGUGUUUUUAUUUGCAUCUAACUUCACAUACUGUAGCAUUCACAAGCUAUACUGACACAUACAUAAGUCCAGCACUAGACAUUUUAACCAAGCUCAGUGCUAAAAAAAAUGACCCCACCGAUAUGCACCCGAAUCCAACUUCACAACUUCCUCGCUCGCCUUCUCCUCACCACGCUGCUGCUGCUCAUCCAGGUGAGGCGGGGGUGUUGUCAUCCCCAGUGUUUGGACUACAAGCCACCGUUCGAGCCCCGGCAGCCACUGCUCUUCUGCAAGAACUACUCCAAAUUUGGAUGCUGUGAUGAAGACAAGGAUUAUGAGCUGUCGGUCAGGUUUUACACCAUCAUGGAGAACUUUGAUCAUUCGGGUUAUGUCACCUGUGGAAAUUACAUCCGCAGCAUUCUCUGUCAGGUGUGUUCUCCAUAUGCCGCCCACCUGUAUGAUGCAGAAGAUGCAAACACACCCAUGCGAGUUUUACCCGGACUGUGUGACGACUUUUGUCAUGACUACUGGCACCAGUGUAGAUACACACUGAGCCUCCUCCUGGAGGACCUAGGGAACCCGGGGCAGUUUGCAAAUCUGACCGCCACAAUAGAAGACGAUCGAAGAAGAUUCUGUGAAUUUCUGGAGCUAAAAGAUAAACAAUACUGCUACCCUAACGUCUUGACAAACACAGAACUAAAUGUUAACCUGGGUUUAGUGCAAGAGGAUUCUGAAGGCUGUCUGGAGUUAUGUUUACAGGAGGUUGCAAAUGGACUCCGCAACCCGGUGGCUAUGAUCCACGCAGAUGACGGAACACAUCGUUUCUUUGUGGCUGAGCAACUAGGCUACGUAUGGGUGUAUCUGGCCAACGGCUCCAGGAUCGACCGUCCUUUCCUCAAUCUCACACGCGCUGUAUUGACAUCACCUUGGGCUGGAGAUGAGAGGGGAUUCCUCUGCAUGGCCCUGCACCCCAGGUUCACCGCAGUCAGAAAGGCCUACGUUUACUACUCGGUGUCUGUCAAGAAGGAGGAGAAAAUACGCAUCAGUGAGUUCACACUGUCAGCAUAUGAUGACAACCAACUUGACCACUCCUCAGAGAGAACCAUCCUUGAAGUGGUACAACCCGCGUCCAAUCAUAAUGGAGGGCAGCUUUUGUUUGGCCAUGACGGAUAUCUGUACAUCUUUAUUGGAGAUGGUGGUCGAGCCGGGGACCCUUUUGGAAAAUUUGGUAACUCGCAGAACAAGUCGACUCUCCUUGGCAAAGUGCUGCGAGUGGAUGUCAAUAAUAAUGAUGAUGGCGCCCCUUACAGCAUCCCUUCAGAUAACCCAUUUCUGGGAGAGAAGGAGAGCCUUCCAGAGAUUUAUGCUUACGGUGUGCGCAACAUGUGGCGUUGCUCUAUUGACCGUGGUGACCCGGAAACAGGCUUCGGUCGAGGCAGGAUGUUUUGUGGUGAUGUAGGCCAGAACAAAUAUGAGGAAGUCGACCUCAUCUAUAAAGGAGGCAACUAUGGAUGGAGGGCAAAAGAAGGCUUCAACUGCUAUGAUCGCAAACUGUGUCGCAACUCAUCUCUAGAUGACAUCUUGCCUAUCUUUGCCUACCCACACAAGUUGGGCAAGUCAGUGACGGGUGGAUACAUCUACAGAGGUUGCCAGAUGCCCAACCUCAAUGGACUCUACAUCUUCGGGGAUUUCAUGAGUGGGCGUUUGAUGUCUUUGAAGGAGAAUGUGGCCACAGGUGAAUGGCUGUAUAAUGAGAUCUGUAUGGGAAGAGACCAAACCUGCAGAUUCCCCAAACUCAUCAACAGCUACUAUAAAUAUAUCAUCUCUUUUGCAGAAGAUGAAGCAGGUGAAUUGUAUUUUCUUGCCACGGGUGCCCCAAGUGCAACAGCCAGAGCGGGAGUCAUAUAUAAGAUAGUGGAUCCCUCCAGGCGAGCUGCACCAGGUAAAUGUGGCAUCAAACCCUCACCAGUGAAGAUAAAGGGAAAACUUAUACACUUCCACCCAAAAGAAGAAUUUGUAAUCAACAAGAAACCGACCACCACGCCUGUUCCAACCACAACCACAAGGAAACCCCCUCCAACCAGAAAAACAGCCCGAAAAACUACAGCAUCCACUCCAACAAGAAAAGCAUUGCCCCCGCCACCAACAUCUACAAAGAUUAGAAAACCGCCAACACAGACACCGACACCAGCAAUAAAAACCCCAUCAACAACCGCCCGGACAACCUUGGCUGCCACCAUGGUCAAAGCCACACCCACUGGUUAUCGCUCAGCUGUCCACACUGCAGCCUUCUCUGGGAUUCAAACCCCAACCACAACUUCAACAAGGAAACACGUGAGACCCCACCCUACCCCCACUCCCCGACCUUUAAUAUUACCACAGCCGCAUGCUAAUUAUCCUGAGCAUCAAAGAUUUACAACACCACGGCCGCCGUAUUGGCCAACAACCUUGAAGCCCCAGAGGCCCCCAAUAAGCACCACUCAAAAAAGCCAACAGGAAAAGCUUAUACUUGUAGAUAAGACACACAACACAGAGGAAGGGGAGGGCAACCAAGUGAAUAAGAGGCCCAGAGUAGGAGGCAGAGGUUAUGGGUACAAGAGAGUAAGGAUAGGAGGUAGAAGAGCACGUGCUGGCUCGGUCCGACUGGUAAGCACAGACGGUUUAUCAGACAGAGGCAGAGUGGAGAUCUUCAUCCGUGGGGAGUGGGGGACUGUCUGCGAUGACCUUUUCACCACCAAGGCCGGUACCGUAGUGUGUCGGCAGCUCGGCUUCAGAACAGCACUGGCGGUGAUGAAGAGGGCCGGGCUGGGACAGGCAGAUCGCAGUGUCAGGAUCUUCUUGGAUGACGUGGAAUGCGAGGGUGGGGAAAGUUCCCUGCUGGAGUGCAAGAGAUCCAGAGUUGGAAAGCACAACUGCUCACACUCAGAGGAUGUGGGGGUGAUCUGUGGAUAGAAAUGUUGGAAGAUGUGAGACAACAUCAGAAUUAAGAAGGAAUUUCACUUAUCAUGGUCGGGUAUAGUAGAUCAAAUUAACUGUGAUAAACGAGGGAUUACGGUCCAUAAUACCAUAAAAGUAGUGUACUUUAGUGUAAGUAUAGCAGUAUAAAUGUACUCCUAACUGAAGAUUAGUCAACACACAGCUAUUAUUGUCAAAUAGCUGGCAACACAAGUGAGAAUGAAGAUUUGUGUCUUGUCUAUCAUCAAGUAAUUUCGACAUGACUUGUGUACUUAUAAUAAUAAUACUUAUUAUAAUAAUAAUAGCGGUGUGUUGACUUAUUUUCAGAAGGCAGGAAACAUAUAUCUCAGUAUUGAUCCAAAUACUAUAAAAAAACAUAUUUUCAGAAGGCAGGAAACAUAUAUCUCAGUAUUGAUCAAAAUACUAUAAAAAAUUUUAGACUCUUCCCCAAAAAGUUCUUAUAUUCAGGUGAGUACAGGAUAUUUGUACAGGAAUAUCUACCCAAUGUUGAUGUUAGUUUACAGUAUUAUGAUAUUAGAUGAUAUCACAGUGGCUAUUUCUAUUUUUAUACUAUCAAAUUUCAGCAGGAGUAUCUUCUGAACCUUUUUUGAUAAUGUUCAUAUUGUACUGAAUGUAAAAUACAACGUAAGAAAAACGAAAAUGCUGGACAUUGUGUAUCUUGAAUGUAAUUU